AUGUCGUUCGACCUUGAUCUUAGUCCACCCAGUGCCGAACUGCUGGAGGUCGCCCGUCAGGAACUCCGCGAAACUCCAGAAGUUAGAGCAGCGGCCAUCGUAGAGUUACGAAAGCUGUUAGAGGCUGCCACAGACCUGUAUUUUCCCGACGAUGAUGAAUUCCUGAUAAUUUUUCUAAGGCCUUGUCACUUCUAUCCGGAAAGUGCACUGAAACUGAUGCGCAACGUAGCAGAGUUCAAAAAGACACACUCGGACCUGCUGAAGGAUCUACUGCCAGUUGACUUGAAAAACGAGAUCAUGAACACGGACGUGGUUUCGGUGUUGAAAAACCGCGACCAGCAUGGUCGCCGUAUGAUGAUUGUACGGAUGGGCAGCGCUUGGGACCCUAAGGCGAUCAGCGAGGAUAAAAUGUUCGCCAUCCUGUACACCGUUCACAAGCUGGCCGUGCUGGAACCGGUAACACAAAUCAAGGGAGUAGUCGUGAUCUACGAUUUCGAAGGGCUCGGUAUGAAACAGAUUAAGGGAAUGGCUCCGAGUGCGGCCAAGCGACUUCUGAGCUUCAUUCAGGAGGCGGCCCCACUGCGCAUGAAGGCGGUGCACUUCGUCAAGGAACCGAUGCUGUUCAGCAUGGUCUGGACGUUGAUGAAGCCGUUCGUGAAGGAGAAGCUAAAGAGCAGGAUGUAUUUCCAUGGUGACGAUAUGAAGAAAUUGCACAAACACAUCGACGCGGAUUGCUUGCCUGCCAAUUACGGAGGAACCAUGCCUGUUUUGGACUACGCAUCGAAGGAUUGGUAUCCGACGAUGGAGAAGCACACCGACGAUAUCAAGAAAUUCAACACUGCUGGAUUUAAGUAGGGCCUGCAUUCGAAUAUUUAUGUUCGAAUUAUACGCCAUUUGAAACAUUUUUCACUUAUUUUGUGUUUUAACUA